AUGUUUCAUGUGUCGUGCACAUUAAGUGUGUCAUCUACGUGUCAUGUAUCAUCCACGUUCCAUCUGUCAUCCUCGUCUCAUGUGGCAUCCACGUUCCAUCUGUCAUCCUCGUCUCAUGCGUCAUCCACGUUCCAUCUGUCAUCCUCGUCUCAUGCGUCAUCCACGUUCCAUCUGUCAUCCUCGUCUCAUGCGUCAUCCACGUUCCAUCUGUCAUCCUCGUCUCAUGCGUCAUCCACGUUCCAUCUAUCAUCCUCAUCUCAUGUGUCAUCCACGUUCCAUCUGUCAUCCUCGUCCCGUGUGUCAUCCAGGAUCCAUGUGUCAUCCUCGUCCCGUGUGUCAUCCACGUUCCAUGUGUCAUCCUCAUCCAGUGUGUCAUCCACGUUCCAUGUGUCAUCCUCGUCUCAGGUGUCAUCCACGUCUCAUGCGUCAUCCACGUUCCAUCUGUCAUCCUCGUUUCAUGUGCCAUCCACGUUCCAUCUGUCAUCCUCGUCUCAUGUGUCAUCCACGUUCCAUCUGUCAUCCUUGUCUCAUGUGUCAUCCAUGUUCCAUCUGUCAUCCUCGUCUCAUGUGUCUUCCACAUUCCAUCUGUCAUCCACGUUCCCUGUGUCGUGCACGUUUCGUGUCGUUCCAUCGUCCCUAGGCAACAUGCUUCCUCCCGACCCCACCAGCCAUGCCUUGCCCGGCCUCCCAUAUGUUCGUGCCACCACAGUCCACAGACAUGCAAUCCACAUGGGAGAUGCGCACACUGCCCUCCUCCCACCGCAUGUCACUCCACAUCACCGCAUUGCACUCUGUGCUGGGCUGCAAGGAGGAUGCAGCAUGGAAGGAGGCACACAAGGGGAAUGGGAGAGCGGCAGGGACAUGGCAGCAGGGGAGUGGGGAGGAGGCGAUGUCAGGGGAGGUGGAAAGAAAGGCGAGGAAAGUUGA